GGAGGUGGUUCCAUGACGGUCAGAGCUGCAGCUCUGCAGCGCGCGCACAGACCUCAGACCAGCGGCCGGCUUGUUGGCAAUGCGAUCGGAAAAUCGCCCUGAUCCAGAGGACGUUUGCUGACACAUCUGCGGUCGCUCGGCCGCCUUUUCCCCCGCCUGCUUCAGCCUGCCUCGAAGAUGAAGUUAAAUACGAGCUGCCGUCAGGUGCCAGCCGCAUCCGAUGGAGCCCUGCUUUCCGUCUCGAUCAUCGACCAACCCCAUGCAGCACUUCCUUAUGUUGCGGUCCCAGCUGACAGAUUCUGACAUGGACUAUGAGAGGCCAAACGUUGAAACUAUCAAGUGUGUGGUGGUGGGAGACAAUGCAGUCGGAAAGACCCGCCUUAUCUGCGCCCGGGCCUGCAAUGCCACACUGACCCAGUACCAGUUACUCGCCACACAUGUGCCCACGGUCUGGGCAAUCGACCAGUACAGAGUGUGCCAAGAGGUGUUAGAACGCUCCAGGGAUGUUGUGGAUGAUGUCAGUGUGUCCCUUCGCCUCUGGGACACUUUUGGAGAUCAUCAUAAGGACCGGCGUUUUGCAUACGGCAGGUCUGAUGUAGUGGUACUCUGCUUCUCAAUAGCCAACCCAAACUCACUGUACCAUGUCAAGACCAUGUGGUACCCUGAGAUCAAGCACUUCUGCCCCCGUGCUCCUGUCAUCUUGGUGGGCUGUCAACUAGACCUGCGCUAUGCAGACUUGGAGGCAGUGAACAGGGCUAGGAGGCCCUUAGCUAGGCCAAUUAAAUCCAAUGAGAUUCUUCCUCCAGAGAGAGGCCGGGAGGUGGCCAAAGAGUUGGGAGUGCCAUAUUAUGAAACCAGUGUUGUGGCUCAAUUUGGAGUCAAGGACGUCUUUGAUAAUGCUAUCAGGGCUGCGCUCAUCUCUCGGCGCCACCUGCAAUUUUGGAAAUCUCACCUCAGAAAUGUCCAGCGGCCUCUCCUUCAGGCGCCCUUCUUGCCACCUAAACCUCCUCCACCCAUAAUCACUGUGCCUCCUCCCCCGACCACCACAGAGGAGCAUCCAGUCGGUCUUCUGGAGGACCCACACUGUGCUGACGUCAUCCUGGUCCUGCAGGAGCGACAGAAAAUCUUUGCACACAAAAUCUACUUGGCAACAUCCUCUUCAAAGUUUUAUGAUCUCUUUAGUAUGGACACACAGAAUGAGGAGUCUGAAAAGCCCCCUCGAGGUCCUCUCUCUGGACGAGAGCUGCUGAUGCGUGCUGCUAGCUUUGACGUUUGCGAAAGCAGUGAUGAUGGAGACAGGGCCAAUCUUAGGGCAUGCACUAGUGAUGGGACGUUAAAAGACUCUGAGGGGGGCCGGCGAGGUAGACUGCUUUCCUCGUGGAGCCGGGCGUUUGUCAGCAUCCAGGAGGAGCUGGUGGAUGACCCCGUCACAUACAGCCCCAGGCCCAUGACUGUGGUGCACAUGGACCAGUCCAUGCAGCUGGGCCCUUUCAGAGCAGUGCUGCGCUACUUGUACACAGGCCAGCUGGACGAGAACGAAAAAGAGCUAAUGCACAUUGCACACAUUGCUGAGCUGCUGGAGGUCUUUGACCUGCGGAUGAUGGUGGCAAACAUACUCAACAAUGAAGCCUUCAUGAAUCAAGAAAUCACCAAAGCCUUCCAUGUACGGCGCACAAACAGAGUCAAAGAGUGCUUGGCCAAAGGCACCUUUUCUGAUGUAGUAUUCAAGCUAGAUGAUGGGACCAUCAUGGCCCACAAGCCUUUACUCAUCUCUAGUUGUGACUGGAUGGCAGCUAUGUUUGGCGGGCCUUUUGUGGAGAGCUGCACCAAAGAGGUGCUGUUUCCAAACACAACUCGCAGCUGUAUGAGGGCAGUGCUCGAAUAUCUCUAUACUGGUCGGUUUUGUUCUCGGCCUGACCUGGACGCGAUGGAGCUCAUUGUUCUUGCCAAUCGUCUAUGCCUCCCCCACCUGGUUGCACUAACAGAGCUCUACACAGUAACAGUAUUGACUGAGGCAGCGAUGAUGGGGGCUGACAUUGAUGGAGAUGUGUUGGUGUACUUGGAUAUGGCCCAGUUCCACGGUGCCCAGCAGCUCACUGGCUGGUGUUUGCAUCACAUCUGCACCAACUACAACAGCGUCUGCCGCAAGUUUCCCCGCGACAUGAAGGCCAAGUCUACAGAAAACCAAGAGUACUUUGAGAAACACCGCUGGCCCCCUGUGUGGUACCUGAAAGAAGAUGACCACUACCAAAGAGCACGCAAGGAGCGUGACAAAGAGGACUACCUUUACCAGAGACGGCAAUGCAAACGCAAGUGGCUCUUCUGGAACCUUCCUUCUUCUCCUAAUUCAAACUCUCCCUCCUCUGGCUCGUCCGCUGUCAUCUGACUGAGCGGUAAGGCCAGGUCCACACUAAAGAACAUCAGGGUGGAUGAGAGCUGUGAAAGAAACGAUAGAGGGAGACAAGCACUGCUGGAUAGGUACGCCUGAGAUAUUCAGGCACACAUUUUCUCCCCGUGUUUGUUUGCCUCUGCUGUCAAACAGCACUCCUCCAGGUUUGCAAGGUCACCUCAAUCUGGUGGUUAAAGUAAUGUGUUUGUUCCUUAGAUUUUUAGCUUGGUGUGUGAGACUCAACUCUCAGUGAUUCGACUCUCACUGAAAAAAAUGGCACAGUGCAACUGGCGCAAAUAAUGACUUACAUUGAUUGUUCCACUAUCUAAUUUUUAGGUUUUAGAAAUAAGACUCUGCUGGCACAGAUCUCCACCUAUGAUCAUAAAUAUCAUCAACUAACCAGAACUGAUAACCAAGUGCUGCUUCUCAGCUGCAACAACCAGCAAUUCAACACAGAACUUCUCAGUCUCAGAGAUAAAAACACUUUGCCCUUAAGUGUUUGUACAAUCUACCACAUGAUGUGUACAGUAUGAUCUCGUCAACAGGAUGUAACAGUAGUGUAGCCUGCCAGGUCUCAGUUAAUGAAGUCACUCACUCUAAUCAUGCUGACUAUGAUUGCAUUAAUGAAAAUACAGGCAAGUUCAUUCUGCUUUUGAAUGUUUGUGUUACGGCUCACACAGCUCAAAGUACCGUGGGUCUGAACACUUAGCAUUUACGUAUUGUUAUCGUGUUAUUUGUGGCAUCUUGUCACAAAAGGGCUUUGAUUUACAUGAAUGCAUUCAGUGUCCUUAGACAUGAGGGGUCCUACAUCUGUAUUUUCUAUAAAGCGCAAGCAAAAAACAAAACCCAGACCAUAAAUAUUUCAAAUGUGUUGCUUGAUUGGCCCUUUAAGCACACAAUUUACCCCCAAAGGUUAACAUGAACAGCUUAGUCACCGUCACCAUGGACAGUAACACAUGAUGCAUCUUGAUCCAGUGUACCAUAUUUACAUGGCUACCUUUUCUCCUGUUGUCACCUUAAAGGUAUGAAGCUUAUAUGCUGCUAUUAUAUCGUACUACUGUGUUCCAUAGAAAAUCCUACAGAACAUCCAAUUAAAAAGAAAGUUAACAUUAUCAGUCCUUCUUUGAUAAGUUAGGCCAAAAAGGGCUAAUGGCUUAAUUCACCAAUUUCCAAAUAACAUUACCCUGAGCCAAGGCAUGCCUGAAAGCUUACCUUUGACUACCUAUCCUAUCAAUGCACAGUGGCUUAUGUUUUAAUUCCACCAUUAAUGUAUAAUACAGUCAUUAUUAUUGGCUAGGGAGUGGAUGACAGCUAACAUUAGCUGACCUCCUAAAGGGCAGCUAAUGUUAGCAUACAGCCAGGUCCAGCCAUUGACUUAAAAUGCUUUUAAGUAAUUUGACUGCUAACCAGGGAGUUCCUGGCUACUAGUAUUUGGCAAACUAUACUAUUAUUAGACCGUAGCUAAUUCUUUAAUUCUGCUAUUCCAAAAUAAUAAUUACUGUUAACUAGGGAGUGGAAGACAGCCAACAUCAGCUGACCUCCUUAGGACAACUAAUGUUAGCAUUUAGUCAUUUCCAGGUAUGACUUUAAAUUCUUCCAACUAAUUUGACUGCUGCCCAGGUUGUUCCUGACAGCUAACAUUGCUGUCUUCAUGAGGACAGCUAAUGUUAGUAAUAUUCUUCCUCCAGCUUAUUUUAAUGUUAAGAUUACAGCUAAGAGGCAUGGGUCACAUUCAGCCACUUCCUAGCUUUAAGCUAAGGAGUGGCUGAUAUUAGCAUUGGCUAGUCCAACAUGAUGAAAGAGAAGAAGAAACUUCUUAGCUAACAGCACAUCAUUGUUGCCCUGAGAUAAAGGAGAUAAGGAAAUCGACUAAUCAAAGGAAUUUUGAGUAAAAUACAAUUUAUUGAUGCUUGUUCUCUUUAUGCCAGCUCUGACUACACAAAUUCAGCCAGAUGCUCUGUCGCAGCUCAUCGUCAAACCUUGGGCACGAUUAUGAGCAUCUGGACGGACAAACACUCUUAAAGUGUGACAUAUUUAAGGACGCAUCCAAGACGCUCCACAACCAUGACUCAACAAGAAUAGCAUGUCAAACAUUUUCUUACAUCGUCAUCUAGGUGGACAGCCUGACCCUAUGACAGCAAUGUGAAUCCUGAUUCCAAAAAGCAUUUGCUCCUUAUCUUUGCAUCAUCAUCCUAUUUUUUUCUCCCUCCAGGGAACUAAUGAGUACAUUUAAUUUUAUAUUAUUUACGUUAUCACAUGCACACUUUAAGUUCUAAGGAAAGCCAGUCCAUAUUGUCCUCCUCUUGAUAUGUACAUAAUUGUUAUCCAUAAUCCAAUUUAGAAUAGUUUCUUGUUGCAAAGACCAUUACAAUCACAUAGAGCAUUAAUGUUGUGUCAUGGAAUGACACUCUUGGACCCAUCUCCCCAACAACCUGUAAACUCGCACAGUCAUGGAGACAGUCAGGUGACGUCAGCGUGUGAUAAGCGGCCAGAAUCACCCUUUUAGUUUUGCCAGUCUGUUAGCCAAGAUGGGACAAGUUUUUAGUCACAUAAUCUUACAUGGUGCCGUUAUGAAUAACAAAUAAAAUUGUGUAGUCUGAGCCAGCCUUUUGGAUCCUCCAAAGUUGUUGGAUAUACUGUUUAAUUCUGAAAUAUGGUCCAGUGUCCCUCUGGUUUUCACUGGCUGUCUUACCUGUUCAGUCAGGUGAAUGCUAAAGACUGUCUUUUCCCUCUUUAUUUUGACCUGAAAUCCUGCAGAAAAAUAUAAUUACUCUAUUCAAGCUUUCCACACUGAGAGUAUUGUCUGAGGAAAAGGGCUACCAUGUAAAUAUGGUGUAUAAAAGAUGUACAUGGGGCGCUCAAGCAUCAGUUACUGGUGGUGAUUUAGCCAUUAGAGUUCUAUGUGAGUUGAUGACAGGAUGUCCCCUGACCAUCUGCAGUUGGCUGAGCAAGACUUACGACGCAGGAGACUUCUUCAUGCCUGAGUGAAGUCAUUCGUACUCUCCUUCACACCUCAAACCCUUCUGGACUCUUCUCUGCAGAGACAAACACAGGAACCUCCAGUAGCAGCAUCCUGGUGGAAGUCACUACAGACAUUGUGUCAUGAACCGCUGCAGCAAAUGUAAAUGAAGCAACUGAAGAGUAUACAAGGUGGAGUUUGAAAUGUUUAAAGAAAUGAUUAGAUGAAAUCAUUUUCAUGAUUUGUUUUGCACAUUUUUACAGUAUGUUUAAGAUUGUCAUUUACUGUUGUACUUGAUUGUAGGGUGGACUUGUAAACGUGCUGCUUGGUGAAGAUGAGUAGUAAUAUAAAUUGUAUAAAAUAUCAGAUGAACUGCGAGUCACUUGCAGCACCCUGUUGUGUAGUUCCCUGAAAUUGUGCACUGCAGGCAGUGAGCAGAAUCAUACAGUAUUACUGAGUAAUACACAAACUGAUUAUAGACUUGACUUAUCCAACUUGCAUUUAGUUACCGUGCAGCUACAAACUGUUGUUAAAAAUAAUCAUUGUGCUGACCUCCAGUUACAUCAAUUAUAUACUGUAGUAUCCAUGCACAUUACAGGCAAUUCCAACAGUUGACAUAGUAGAGUAGGAUUACAGUGCAAGUAAAGUAGACAUGUAAAUUAUGAAGACUUCCAUAAAACAUGCCAUUGCCUUUUUUUUAAUACUGAUUGCAGCAUAUGCUCAAGAAAUCCUGCACAUUGUGGAUAAUACAGUCUCAGUUUUGACAGAUAUUAAAAAAAUAAACUGAAAAAAAGAGCUUAUAAGAACAAGGUGGCAUGACUCAAUUUAGUGACAAAACCAAGUUUUUGCUCGUGUUGUCUCCUGACCUGACAACCACAAUGCAUGAACUAAACAGAUAAAGCUCAUUCAUGGUCAUUUGAAGUGCAGGAUACUGAUCAGUGGGAGUGCUGGUGCUCUAAGCAGUGGCAUUAAAUUGUUCUCAAUUGCAUUUAUGUUUGGCUUUUUCUUAGUAAACACAAUGAAUCCCAUUUUGAAUACCUUUAUUAAUUAUUUUGGCCCUCACGGUCAGACAAAAGACAGAAGGUUAAUGCUGUUUAAUAAUGCUUGAAUUAAUCCUAAUUCUCUAAUUUACAAGACAUGUAAUAAUGUCCAGAUUUUACACUAAACACGCAAUGAAACAGCAGGAGGGUCUGCUUUGUUAUGAUUUGCCUUGGCAAUGUUUGAAUACAUUUCAUAGACAUGCAUUUCAUUCCUCAGUGCAUUGCAUUUCUCAGUGAAUCUUCUGCUGACGUUUUGCAUCAACAACACCUCACGCCUUAAUGUACAGUGUAGUGUAUGGUAUCGAAUGUAAAGUAGUGUUACUGUGGUUACUAGUUUGUUUGCUAUAUGUUUAGCCACCAUGGUGCUCUCUCUAGAUUGUGUCUGUAUUUGUAAAUGUACAUAAUCAUCAUUUGGGUAUAAAGCAAUUGAUGUUUGAUUCUGGGUAAUUCAAGGACUGUGCGUUAGUUUAAAACUACGCAGGGUUUGUGUGGUUAAGAACACAACUUAUUAAAAACCAUUAAGGCCAUAAUAGAAAAACUAAAUUACAAACCAUCAAUUUGUGACAUUAACCAUGAAACGAAUGCAGGGAUUUCAAAUUUGUUCUCAUUAUUUCUGAGCUGCUUUAUUCUAAUGUGCUCCAAUUUGGGAGCUUGCAUAAAAAAAGUGCUGAGAUGGUGUGACUACUGGAAGUCAUAUUUUAACUAAAACAUAUAAAUAAUUGUGUGAUGACUUGGAAUUCAAACUUGGCAUAGCCGUUGAUACAAGCUAUUGCAUAGUUUAACAUAGAUACUGUUUUUGUACUAUGCAUAUUGACAUGUCUGACUUUGAAACUACAAACUUGCACUGCUUUGUAGCACCAGGUUCUAAUCAAAACUGCAUUAGAUGGUACAGCAACAUUAUUUGACAUGUAGACAACAUCAGGUUAAAAAAAAAGAUCAGAUUAUAAAUUACUAAGAGGUUUUCAUUGGGGCCCUUUUCCAUAUGUUUGGGUGCUACUAUCACCGCUGCAGAGAAGCACAAACCAAAGGGAGCUUUAGCAGCACCAGGAAUAUAUUCUAUAUGCUGCACAAUCACUACUGCAUAGUUUAAGAGGCCUUGUUCAGAAAUGGUUGAAAAUCAAGUUUAAAAAAUACAAUAAAUGAAAAAAAAACUUGAAUGUUUUCUCAGUGUUUAAAGCCUAGAUGACGUUUUCCUUAGUCAUCAGGUAUUUUUGUUCUCAAGAGCUGUUUAUAUGGUUUAAGAGCUGUAAAUCUGAAUUUCUGUAGCAUGUGUUCUUGAAAAUGUGUAAAUAAUAUUUACUAAAUAAAAAAGGA